AACUUUGUUUUACUUGCCUUAAUAUCUAGUAUUAUAAUAAUCUAAUAAUCUAUAUUGCAGAAAAUGGAAGAUUUGAUGUUACAUAUCAUUAAGCGUACUGCAGCAGUUAUGCGACAAGCGGACGAUAUGCCACUGGAUUUGACACAAACCAAAUUCCUACGCCACACUUGUGAUCGUCUGGUGGACCACGAGGAUUUACGUUCAGGCAGCGAUUUAAACACGGAGUCAGACUUUGAUGACUUUUCAACAAAUGGUACACGUCACCAGUCCAGUUCAAAAUCAGGCACCUCCACCAGAGGCUCAUUUGCUACUAUUCAAGUAAAACUGGAGACUGAAUCUAAUGAGCGCAAAGCAGCGCCUCAUCCCUUUUCAAUAGAAGCUUUGCUCGGUGAUACUUAUCACAGGAGAUGUGAUGGUCUAUCAACACCAGCUGUUGUUUACAGUUAUCAUACCGCGAGAACACCGUGCACGUCAGCUACAGGAGGCAAUACAUCUGAAUUCAAUAGCCAAGUGUUUGAUAUAUGGUGCCAUGCUUGCAACUCUUGGUGUGUGGAUAACAGAGACUCUCAACAACAUCAAUAUUUGCAUGGCAUUCAAGGUAUUACGUGCAAUUUGAAAAAAGAAUUCUUCCGAAAGUACGGAUAUGUUACAAAACACGUAAAAAUCGACGAAGAGAAAAUGCAGUGUGGACUUUGUGAUAGAAUUGUUGCCCCAUGUUUCUUUUCUAAACAUCAGCGUCUUCAUGACGGACAUUUUUGUAAAAUCUGUAAUCAUGAAUUUUCAAGCAAUAGCCGAUUGCAAGACCAUUUGAAUAUUCAUACCGGAAGUACGCCAUUUUCUUGUAAGACAUGUGACCGGAAGUUUGCCAAGAGGUCAUCGCUAACCCAACAUCAGCGUUAUCAUCGGGAUCAUCAGAGUUUUAAAUGCAGCUAUUGUCACAAAUCAUUCAGUAGUAAAUAUACACGUACAGUGCACGAGAGACUUCACACAGGAGAUAACCCCUUCAAAUGCCAGGUACCCGGAUGUGGGAGAGCAUUUCCACAAAAAAUUCAACUACAGCUUCACAUGGCUAUUCAUUACUAAUUACGUAAGAAACAAGACAUUUUAAUAUAAGAAUUUUAUCAAUCUAUUUAUUAAAUAUAUGUUCAUGACCAGAGGAAGUCCAGAAAAUGAUUAUUGUAUG